CUCUCCAGACGGAAGAUGUCGAAGCGAGGGCGUGGAGGAUCGGCGGGCAACAAGUUCCGAAUGUCGCUGGGUCUGCCGGUGGCGGCGACGGUGAACUGUGCCGAUAACACGGGGGCGAAGAACCUCUACAUCAUAUCGGUGAAGGGGAUCAAGGGCCGAUUGAACCGUUUGCCCUCGGCUUGUGUUGGUGAUAUGGUGAUGGCCACAGUGAAGAAAGGCAAGCCGGAUCUGAGAAAGAAGGUCAUGCCCGCUGUCAUUGUCCGACAGCGUAAGCCCUGGCGCCGAAAGGAUGGUGUCUUCAUGUACUUUGAAGAUAAUGCUGGUGUCAUCGUGAAUCCAAAGGGAGAAAUGAAAGGUUCUGCUAUUACUGGUCCAAUUGGGAAGGAGUGUGCUGACCUGUGGCCAAGGAUCGCAAGUGCAGCCAAUGCAAUUGUUUAGAGUGAAGACCUACCUGUCUUGACCUUGUGAUUCAACCCUCAAAAUUGUGGAGUUUUGUUAGGUAUAGAUUGAGGUUCUCGUGUGGUGUUGAGAUUUACCUGUUUGUAAGUUAUUGAAAUCUGGUUGACUUGAGACGUGGCUCAUGGUAUGGAUAACGAAACUCUUCUUUUUUGCUCUCAUUUAUCAGAUGUUACCGGCUUUUACAAUGUUUGAUAUAUCUGCUUUCUAUCUGGUUUUGUUGGUUUUUUUAAGCACUCUUUAUGCAAGUUUUGACGUGCCUACG